AUGGUCGACGGGCAGCAGCGGCUCGUUUGGCAGCGCUUGCCAUUCUGGGAGCUACGGCCUUUUGUGGCAGCUCGGCUGGUUCCGGUUCGGCGAGCUUCCGUGGACACUGACGGAGAUUCCGGAUCCUUCCAGGAAGGAGAUUUGGUCCGCGUGGAGAGUGACGCAAUCGAGGAGCCUCUGGAGCAGACUGCGGAGGGCUCCCGCUGGAUCACAUCGGAGGAUUCCGAGCUGCUUCAGGUGCCAUCCGAAGACCUCCGGCGCUGUGCUGCAGAUGGGGAUGGCGAUGGCGGCUGGAGGCUGUUGUCUCCGGAGACUUAG